GCAAAGCGUCACAUUAUUUUUGUAAUUUAAAAACAAACUUAGGCAAAAAUGGCAGAAUAUUUGGCGUCAAUUUUCGGUACAGAGAAGGACAAAGUCAACUGUUCCUUCUACUUCAAAAUCGGGGCUUGCCGGCACGGGGACCGAUGCUCCCGCAUCCACAACAAACCGACUUUCUCUCAAACCUGCCUCCUCCAAAACCUGUACGUGAACCCGCAGAACUCUGCGAAAUCGGCGGACGGAAGUCACUGUAAGUUUGACAUUGUCGUAGUUAACCCCCCUAAAUUUGCGUUUCUAGUGGUGGCUAACGUCUCUGAUGAAGAAAUGCAAGAGCACUAUGAUAAUUUCUUCGAGGAUGUAUUCGUUGAGUGCGAGGAUAAGUACGGGGAAAUCGAGGAAAUGAAUGUUUGUGAUAAUUUGGGUGACCACCUUGUAGGGAAUGUUUAUAUUAAAUUCCGGCGCGAAGAGGAUGCCGAGAGGGCUGUAAACGAUUUGAAUAAUCGUUGGUUUGGGGGGCGCCCGGUGUAUGCUGAGCUGAGUCCAGUCACUGACUUUAGGGAAGCGUGCUGUCGCCAGUACGAGAUGGGGGAGUGCACCAGGUCCGGGUUCUGUAAUUUCAUGCACUUGAAACCCAUCUCACGGGAGCUGAGACGAUACUUAUAUUCGCGAAGAAAAUCCGGCCGCAGGCGCUCUAGGUCACGCUCGCCACGAAGACGUUCCCGUUCGAGGGAAAGGAAAUCUCGUUCACCACGUCAUCGCUCAGGGCGUAGUGGCAGAUACUGAAUUUAUAAUUAUUUCACAAAGAAGUUUCUUAUUCGAUCAAUAAUCUAUUGUUCUUUUUGUUCUUUUGUGGAUUUGUGUUAGUCAAGUAAGUAUCUUCGUAUAGAUUUGUAUUGUAAGUUCUUUUGGAUUAUUUUGUUUAUGCUCUGUGUUUGAAUAAGAAAUAUGUUAACGGAUGUAGAUCUAAUAAACAAUUCAUUGGGA